GACGUCACAUCGCAUCCAUGAAAAACCUGAAGGUAGUUCACCACGUCGGAAGACAUUCCCCGCACGGAGACAUCACCAACCUCGUAAAGAGCGGAUUAGAGCGGAUCAAUGGAUCUGUAGACGAGAGAGAAGUGGCAUAGGAACCUGUAGAAGGUGCCAUGCAGGUGGAGGUGAGCUGAGAGCAUAAACAGUCACGGACUAACAGUUACACCAGUCGGGUAUCAGAAACACGGUAGUCUGGCCGAUCAUCCCAUGGCAGUUGCUGGAUCCGUGAUCUAUGAUUGCCUCCAUCCGUCGACAAUUCCCAAUCGCCGUCGUAGCUUUGUCAUAAAUAAGAGAAGAUGCUAUGACCAUCAGAACUUACAGGCAAUGUACAGUACAGUAUUAAAACUUCCUUUGCUUCGGCCCUGACAAGUACAGAGUAGCAGCCGUUUGCGACAGACAUUCGUUUGUGUCAGAAUUCGCAGACAGUAGGAAGGUCAUGCGGCGAUGAGCGACGCAUGUUUCCGUUCGUCCGUCUGUGCGACUCAAAGUUGCAAUCAGUACAUACUGUACAGCACGAGCCGCAAAGCCAAGUCAGGCACGUGAGUGAGUUCACAAUUAAUUGCACGAAGUUCAGGAUCCAUCGAGAGUUCAGUUCACCCGCGCGUUCUACAAUCGAUGUGGAGGACGGUGACGAUUCCCCAAGAGCAAGAGGCCCGAGGAGAAGCUGGCGCUUGUGAAAUAAUGGCCUUCAAGCAGCUGCGUUCCGAAGAAGAGCCUGCAUCGGUGCUCGGGCAGGUGGAGUUCGUUCGUGGCGGUAAAGGAAGGAGCGACCGCCGGUGACGGGACGGGACGGGACGCCUUGUCCGAGAGAGAGAUGCCGACAGCGACUAGGCCGAAAGGAUGGAUGGGUGGUCGGUCGGUCGAUGCCGAUUGUUGGUCAGUUGUCUGGUCUGGUCGGGGUGAAGAUGACGAUGACGCAUGGCUCGUGAGUGCGGGACUUGUUCGAGGUGUGUGACGCAGUGCCCGACUGGGAGACUUAUCGGGUUGGGUUGGGCGCCCAAUUUGCCGAGGUGGCCAGGUCUGUAAAGAAUGGUGACUUCGCAAGCUUCCCUUUCAGCUUCAUGGCGCCCAGAAGCUUGGCGAGUUCGAGUUUGAAGAGCGACACCAAAGUGAACCCUUUGCAGGCCGAGGAUAUGUACAUCCGAAGGCCGCAGCAUGACCAGUCUGGGUCCACUUGUUCCCAGAAAGCCAGGUUUCCUCGGGCGAGCGCAGACGAGAAUUCUGCGACAUCUAAACCACGCUUGGAAGGCUUUUGCAGAGGAUCGUGGUGGGAUGUCGAUAUUGUUCAACAACGCGAUAAGUACUUUCUCGCGAAGUUCCUGUCACCAUUGACUGGUGAAGAAGAUGCAUGGCUUCCAUUGAACAACCUCAGGCUGAAGAACAGGAAGUCUGAUGACUGGGACUGCAACCUUCUCAAAAGAGGAAUGGAUGUCUCCGUCAUGUGUACCCAUCCCGAUCAGAAGGAGCUCAAGCUGCAUUCCAGGGCUUUAUAUGAUGCGAAGAUCGUCCAUAUCGCGAAAGCUACUCAUAAGUUUGAAUGUACUUGCAAAUUUCACGUAAGGUUUUACUGUGUAAGUACGGAAGAUCCCAUCGGGCUCACUAGGGAGAGGCUUUUGCUCAACCAUCCUUCCGCAUCCAGGGAUGUAACCAUUUCAACUGUGACUAUCCUACAACAGCCAGGGAUUGUGCCGUUUUACGAGAUCCUGAAAUCUCACCUGUCGAAGAAGUGGAUCCAAGCGGGCAGGUGGUCGAACGAUGCAUUUUUUCUGAGAGAAACAAAGCUCAAUCUUCAUGUUCCUCCGGAUUGUGGAGAAAACAGGUUGUAUGAUGACGAUGAAGACGACGGUCUUGACGAAGCUUUGCUUGCUACUGGUGCCACUAGGUUAGACAAGCCUGAAGCGUUCACAUAUUCCUUCAGAGUGCAGCAUUCACGAGAGCAGGCGACCAAGGAAAAUCCAGUUGACCAGGAUAGACCAUACGCUAAUUUCAGAGAGCCCCCCGACCCGCCACAGAAGAAUCGUGGCGACCAUUUCACAGUCACAGCUGGUGACCCCGGUGUGAAGGAUAACUCUGCUUCUGAACCUGAUAUUUGCUCGGUGGGUGUGCUGCCUGAGAGCCGUGGAGUCAAACCUGUGUUUGACAAGGAAAUUCCGCAAACGGUCAGGUCUGGAGUGAAAAGAGCAAGGGAUGAUAUUCCACAUCUUUCGAAGAAUCCUCAGGAGGCGAGUGUCAAGCAGGUUAAGAAGAAGAGUACGAGCCAACCGAACGAAGGGAGAGAACUCUACGAGAGAGAAGUUUACCGGAGAUGUAAUGAAAACAGGCAGUCAAGCGAAAUCUCUUCUGAGAAAGGGAACUUCGAGGAUGAGAUGGUAGAUAUAGGAGGUGGAAGCAGUGACGAGGAUGACUUGAGUAUUCAAGCACCGGCGAAGACAAGUUAUGGCAUCAAUCCGCAGAAUUCAGGGGGAAGAUGUGACAACGCAGUGCAGAACCAAGGGCAUCCGUAUCCACCAUUGUCGAAGACAAUUGAAAGCAAGAGGUUGCGGAGAUCAAGGAGAAGAUGUGACGAUGCUUUACAGAACCAGGACUCUGCCUAUUCUCCUCCGUUGAAGAAGGUUGAUGGCAAGAAUCUCCGGACAUCAGGGAGAAGGGUUGACGACGCUGGGCAGAAACAGGGCCGUCUUUAUACACCACCGGUGACGACAAAUGAUGGAAAGAGUCUGCAUACUUCAGGGAGGAGAUCUGACGAGGGUCUGCGGAAACGAGGGCGUCCUAGGCAAAACGCGGAAGGGAGCCCUACAAAAAUCAAACCUGAUGCGGGAUUUAAGUCGACAAAUCAAGCGGAUAUUUCAGGUGUGAGCUUAGCAACCAAGGAGGAUGAAGAUGUUGAUUGUGAAAUACUUGAGACCGAUCCCACCAUCAUGGCUCGUCUCACAGAACAAUCAAAGUCACUGAAGGGUAGACAGAAGAAGACUGAAGUUUGCAUCGAUAAUGAGACAUUCGAUAAGCCCAAGAAUCCUUUAAGUCGACUCAGACCUCGAAACUCUGGAAAGAAGCAAACUUUUGGCACCGGAGGCAAUAUCCCAGGGAGUCAUCGUCAACCUGUUCUCAAGCCCACGUUAGGGAAAGAAGGUGGCCAGGUGCCCUUAUACAUGGAUCUUCUGGUAGAUAAUCUUGUUCCGGAAAACGAGACGGAGGAGCAGGUGGAUGAUAUCAGUAAGGGGCAGGGGCAGGCGAAGAAACCAAAGUGCGGCAUGAAUGAAGACUGGGAUCCUACAAGUUUCAAAUAUGAUAUACCUACACUAGAGGAGAAGCAAGCAGAACUGCAACAACAACAACAACAACAACAACAAGAAGAAGAAGAAGAAGACGAAGAAGAAGAACAACAAGAGAAACCACCUAUUGCGGACUGUCCGAGUGACUUAAUGGAGCGGGAAGCAGAUGAGGAAGUUGUGACUCUAGAUGUUGAUCCAGAAGGGGAAGGUUCUUUAUGCAAAGAGCAUGACCUCUAUUUAAAGGAAGAUGUGGGAAUGAUUUGUAAAUCAUGUGCGUUGGUGGUGAUCAGUAUCGAGAAUCUGGUCCCAUCUCUGGGUAUUAGGCAACCCCGUCACUGUGGAGAGGCGAGUGACUGGGAUGCUGGAACGAAGUCUCCAGAUCACUUCCAGGAGACAGCAGAAUAUCAAAAGCUCCAGGCUGAAAAGGAUGUGACUUGGAUGAGUUCAUGUAAACUUCCGCCACGUAUUCAGAAUUCCAUGCAUCCUCACCAGAAGGACGGCUUUGCGUUCUUAUGGAGGAAUCUUGCGAUUGGAGAAGGAAAUAAUCGAACCAUGAGGGAGGACAGAAACACAGGUUGCAUAUUGUCUCAUGCUCCUGGCACAGGCAAAACCUUUUUGGUCAUUGCCUUCUUACAGAGUUAUAUCAAUAACUUCCCAACGUGCAGACCGUUGAUUGUGGCACCGAAAAUAAUGUUGCGUCAAUGGGAGAAGGAAUUCGAGCGAUGGAAGUCCGACAUCUCUGUGUAUAUUUUGAACACUGCGAGAGAAUCUGGCAAGAGACUGCUACAAAUGCACGAAGACGCUGGCGUCAUCAACAGCAAAAAUCUCCACCUGAGUUCAAAAAGGCUUCUCGAUACUUUCAGACUUGCCAUGCUCUACGAGUGGAGCAAAAACAGGAGUGUGAUUAUCGUUAGUUAUAACCUUUUCGCAUGCUUGACUGAUGAAAAUCGGGAUCAUCUCUCUCCAGAGGGUGAGGCGGUUCGUAAGACCCUGUUGGAAAAGCCAAGUCUUCUUAUACUGGAUGAGGGCCAUUUUCCAAGGAACAAGGGUACGAGGAUUCGUAAAUCAUUAAUGAGCGUAAAGACCAACGUUCGAAUUCUUCUGUCCGGGACUUUGUUUCAAAACAAUUUCGAAGAGUUGUUCAACACUCUCUACUUAGUGCGACCAGGUUUUGUUGAAGGUUUUGCCAGCUUUGUUCCAAACUGCACGGAUGAAGACGGACAGCCUAAUGUGAAGAAAUUUUCGGACAUAGAAGACGUUACUAAGGAAGCAGAGAAAAUAGCUCGAAAGCUGUUUGUGGAAGAGGUUGGACUGAAAAUUGAACAAGGACAAAGCAGCAAGGCACGCUCCGAUGAUCUGGAUUACGGGCUCGAGAGGUUAGGGGCUCUUACAACAGAAUUUGUUCAUCACCACACUGGAGGGGUGCUGGAAGCUUUACCUGGAUUGAGGGAUUUUGCUGUUAUAUUGAAACCAACGCAACAGCAGUCCAGUAUAUUGGAGUUACUCCAGAAAUACUUUCACAAACCUAAUCAGUAUUUGGAAAGGGAGAUAGCUGUGUCGCAAACCAGUAUACAUCCGAUUUUGGUCAACACCCUCGAGUUCACCAGAUCCUUGGGCAUAUUCAACGAUUUCAGGGAGCAGAAGCUUGGAGCGUCAGCAGGUUCAGGCUCAGUUACUGGUCCUGCUUCCGGCUUGUCGAAGAAGGAAGCAAAGGACCCGAGUGACGGAGUAAAGACAAAGUUUGUCUUCGACCUGCUUUGUUAUAGCAAGCCAGCAAAGGAGAAGGUUUUGAUAUUCAGCCAGCAUCUUACCCCUCUUGAGCUCCUUGCGGAAAUGUUCGUAACUCAGUUUAGGUGGCGUGAGACUUAUGAAUAUCUCAAACUUGAUGGACAGUUGUCCUUAGAUGAGCGAGCGAAGAUUAUUGAGAAAUUUAACAAUCCCAGUAGUGAGGCAUGUGUUCUCCUUGCGUCCACAAAAGCGUGUGGAGAAGGCGUUUCUCUGAUUGGAGCUUCAAGGGUAGUGUUCUUGGAUGUUUUAUGGAACCCAGCAGUUAUCAAGCAAGCGAUGAGCCGAGCUUUCAGAUUGGGUCAAAAGAAAAUAGUGUAUGUUUACAGGCUGAUAGCAUCAGGGACUAUCGAGGAGCACAAGUAUAAGAAGGCAAUAAGGAAGGAUUGGCUGUCACGCUCUAUCUUUAGCGCAUCACAAGGGGAAGGCCUCAAAGCAUCGGAGAUAAAUCGAGAAGUAAGGAAGUCUCUCGGUAUCAUUGACGACAAGGGAGAGGAUAUAAAACCCUCUGGAGCUACUAUUUUUGCGAAAGCAGCCCAAGAGCAAGAGGUGCUUGAUGCUAAUCAUGCGACAGGGGUCACGAGAUCAGUUGAACAAGGGGACGAAGGUGUACAUAGGUUGAGAAAAAUUCAAGAAUUGCUAGCCUGGGAGGUUGAUGUGGCAAUCUGCAAGGACGUUAUGCUUGAAAAGAUCUUGGGAAAGGACAAAGUAGAGAGGAAAACGUUUUUGAAGGUGAUUGAGCACGGUUCUGACUUUCGUGAUGAGAACAUACCAUUCGGUCCGGAUGCAAGAGAGUGGUUCUUGGAGGGCAUGGAAGACAAUGAGCCUCUGGAUAUGAAAGAAGUUAACGAUGAGGCUUAUCCCGCCAUCCUAAGCGACUCAGAUGAAGAUGAUAUGUAGAUCUGCAGUCGUAGAAUUUAUAUAGUAACCUCAGCACUCGUCCAGAUGAAGAAUAUUGUAUAUGGCUGCUUAAGUAUUGGAAGACAAAAUAGAGAGCUUGUGGUUUCGCAUCCCCUGUCCAAGAGACGAUCGUAUUGUAAAAUUUAGAAACUCGUGCUCGUCUGAGUGUUCUAGAGAGUGCUUGGUAUGUUCAUUGGGAGUAUUUUAGCACAUACUUGUUCAGAGAGUUUUAGGUUUACACAUUGUGGAUGUGAUGCUACGAAGAAAUAGAAUAUUUUCAUACCUUAAUAUUUCGAACAGCUUACUGUAUUUUGGUGCAGAGACGGUGUAGAGUACUUUCUUACCUAAAUACCUCGAACAGCACACUGUAUUUUGUAUUUUGGAGCAGAGACGGUGUGGCAUGAUAGCCAUUCUGAAACUUAUAUUGUAACAGCUUUGGAGUUUUGUCUUGUUAUCAAACUAGCUGGUGAAACCUGAAAGCUUGAUUUCAGUGAGUAGCUCCAAGUUUACUGUAGAUAUACGAACCCCAGAUUUAAAACAUGACGGUGCAAUAAGUCUCGACUCAUGUACAUACAAUUAUAUGCGGAUAUUGUUUUCUCGAUCACUAGGACAUUGUAGUGAUCGAGGAUUAUGUUAAUUCAGUUAU